UCAGGAAAUAACGCAGUAGCUCUUGCUGGGAGCUUGCCCUUCAAAAGAAAACCCUGGUGCUCCAUAUUGAAGAGAAUUUACCAUCCAGGAAUUCGGGAAUCUGAGGCCAGGCUUGGCUGUGAGCUGCCUGAAGACAUCGUUUCCCCCAAGGCCCUGCAGGGACAGUGCUGGGAGGCUUUCUGUCCACACAUCCUGCCUGUGGGAGCGUUCAUUCCAGGGAUGGGAACUGCAUGGAACAAACAUCUCCAAGAACAAAUGGUUGCUUUAGGAGAAGGUAUGUCAGUGGCAGUGGGAGGAAGGUGAUUCACCAUGAUUGCCCACUGGUGGCUGGGUGGAGGCACUGCCUGGUCACCAGGCUCUGCCAGCAGAGGUAUCUGUGUGGGGAUGCGUGUGCUGCCCUUCAAGUGCCAGCUGGACAGAAGAGAAAUUGGGCCCUUGGGUGCUCAGGGUGGGUCUGUCUCUUCCAAACACCACCAGCUGUCUGCACCCAGGAGGAAGUCUCAGCAAGCAGUUGCUGCUUUCCAACAGAAAUUACUGUCCUGGAGCAGCAGAACAUGAAGCACCAGCUGUCAGAGCCACUGUUAACCCUUCGUGGCUCCAGCAGCCAUCCCUCCUUGCAGCAGGAGCAGACCUGCUCCUUAAGUUCUGAGGUUCUCACCCAUCCUGGAAGUGAGGUGAGCUGCACCCAGUCACACCACAGCAGGGGAAUGGGCCCCGAGUGGCUGCCUCUGCAUCUCUAAGGCCACUAAGAUAAUGUGUGUGGCACGGGUGGGUGAAUGGUUGUCUCUGCUAGCUAAUGAUGGCUUCUGGAACACGUAAAACUGCUCCCUGCUAAUAAAUGUGCAACAGCUACAGGUUUUUUUAUUGUUGGUCAGGUUAGGGACUGGCACAGUCAGUCCUCAGAUCCUCGGCGUCAUGGAGACGGAGUGGGAUUUACCACUGGUGAUGCAGAGGAGUGACCAUGACUCACCUCCAAAAGAGGAAUAGAGCACAGACUGUAAUCUCUGCUCCAAGGAGCUGAGUGAGCCCCCACACCUCUCCCAGCAGAGCCAGGGAGACAUCAUCCUGCUCUGACUGGAAGUUUCCAAAAGCCAACAGUAGAGUUUCCAGUUGGGUCCCAGCUCUGCAUUGCCCUGCCCAGGAUCUUGUGUUCGCUGAGCACCAAAAAAACCAGUGCAGGAAUGAAAUCACCUCUCCCCCUCCUCAGAUGUGUCUCUUUUCUAGAAGCUGGGUCUCCCCUGGAUGUUCUGAGGUCUCGGAACCAGAGAGGAGCACCAAGCUGCUGGAGUAGCUUCCCAGUUUCUAGGUCUCUGGUACAAGCAAGGUGGCAGCAGGGGGGGACAGGAAGUGUCCUUGAUGUUUUGACAGCCAACCAUGUCCAGGAAACACUGGCCCCCAGGGACUCAGUGUGUCACCAAACAUGACCACACCAAGCCCAAGGCCCAAGAGUUGGCUUUCCACAAGGGUGACGUGGUCACCAUCAUUGAGGCUGUGGAGGGCAAGGGUUGGUACCGUGCCAGGCACAACGAGACAGGACAGGAGGGGCUGGUGGGGGGCAGCGCGGUGCGGGAGCGCGGAGCCAUCCAUAUCGACCCCAAGCUGAGCCUCAUGCCCUGGUUCCAUGGGAAGAUCUCAGGGGUGGAGGCAGUGCAGGAGCUGCAGCCCCCUGAGGAUGGGCUGUUCCUGGUGCGAGAGUCCGUCCGGCAUCCUGGUGACUACGUGUUGUGUGUGAGCUUCAGCAGGGAGGUGAUGCACUAUCGUGUGCUGCACCAGGGGAACACGCUCAGCAUCGACAGCCAGCAGUACUUCUCCAACCUCAUUGACAUGAUCGAGCACUACAUGAAGGAGCAGGGAGCCAUCUGCACCAAGCUGGUGAAGCCCAAACCAAAAACCGGGAUGAAGUCAGCUGAGAAGGAGUUGGCCAAAGCUGGCUGGUUGCUGAACCUGCAGAAUCUCACACUGGGAGACCGCAUUGGGCAAGGAGAGUUUGGAGAUGUCCUACAGGGUGAGUAUAUGGGGCAGAAGGUGGCUGUGAAGAACAUCAAGUGUGAUGUGACUGCCCAGGCCUUCCUCAGUGAAACGGCUGCCAUGACGAAAGUCCAGCACAAAAACCUGGUGUGUUUACUUGGUGUGAUCCUGCACAACGGCCUCUACAUAGUCAUGGAGUUCAUGAGCAAGGGCAACUUGGUGAACUUCCUGCGCACACGGGGCCGGGCACUUGUCUCAACCCAGCAGCUUCUCCAGUUCGCACUGGAUGUGGCCCAGGGCAUGGACUACCUGGAGUCCAAGAAACUGGUGCACAGGGACCUGGCUGCCCGCAACAUCCUCAUCUCUGAGGAGAAUGUGGCCAAAGUGAGUGAUUUUGGCUUGGCCCAGGUCAAUCCCAAGGGUUCUGAUGCCACUUUGCUGCCUGUGAAGUGGACGGCCCCGGAGGCACUGAAACACAACAAAUUCUCCUCCAAGUCUGACGUGUGGAGCUAUGGGAUCCUCCUGUGGGAAACUUUCUCCUUUGGCCGAGCACCCUAUCCCAGGCUGAGCCUGAAGGAGGUGACAGAACUUCUGGAGCAGGGGUACCGCAUGGAGCCGCCCGAGGGCUGCCCACCCACUGUCUAUGCCCUGAUGAAGAGCUGUUGGGAGCUGGAGCCAGGCAAGAGGCCGUCCUUCAAGAAACUCACUGAGAAGCUGCAGAAGGAGCUGAAGCACCUGAGGGAUGUUUAACCCCUGUCUUGCUCCUAGGACCCAUGGCCAGAAGACCCCUGGGCUCCCCAAGGUUGGGAGGGCUGGGAUAUGGGUUGGCUGGGCAGCAGGUGGUCCAUGGCACCACUCUCAGUGGAGAUGGGGCAACAGCUGUGGGGGAUCUGUCAUCCCCCAGGGCACCCAGAGAGGAGGCAAAGGCCCCCUUCAUCCUAUAGUCUCCCUCCAUCCUGGCACAGGUCCUUCUUACCACCACGCAGCCCAGACAAGGUUCCCAUGGGGUGGGUGGAGCAGCCCCACACACCCCACACUCAGCCCCAUCCCUUUGAGCUGCCACUCCUGGUGGCAGGGGACAGGAUGGGACAUCUCCAUUCACUGGAGGAUGAAACCCUGACACAGCCCUGCUCCAGCCACCCAGCCCUGCGUCGGGAUGCCAGGCGGAGCCAGCUAAACCACACGGAUUUGGGCUUUUUGAUUAAACCAAAGAAAUUAGUUCAACAGCAU